AUGGAUUACGAUCUAUCCGAUACGUCAGACUUGAGCUCCGUGCCCUCGUCGCCCAGGUCUUCCCCCGAACCGGCGAGCCGGUACUUGACGCCUUCGUCGCAGGAGGGUGAGGAUUCUACGCGCCAAGACUGCCCUCCGCGCAAGAAGCGGAGACGCAACCCCCUACCGAAAGAACGCACCACGCAAUAUCUGUCACUAGCCAAAUCGUCCUACGAGCAACAAGACCAAGUUAAAUUGCUCGUUGAAACGCUUCGCCACCAGAAAGACAUCGUUGUCAUUGCGGGCGCGGGCAUCUCCACCUCCGCGGGUAUCCCCGACUUCCGCUCCACGGAUGGUCUUUUCAAGUCCUUACAAAAGAAACACAACUUGAAGGCGUCUGGCAAGCUUCUGUUCGACGCUGCUGUCUACCAAGAUGACGCCCUCACAGCUCCUUUCCAUGAAAUGGUGCGGUCGCUAUCCGUCGAGGCAGCCAAGACCAAGCCCACCAAGUUCCACGAUAUGCUUGCCCGUCUCGGCAAGGAGAGCCGGCUCAAGCGCCUGUACACCCAGAACAUCGAUGGCCUCGAAACGUCCAUGAAGCCAUUGGAAACCGAGAUCCCGCUCAACGUCAAGGGCCGCUGGCCCGUUACGAUCCAAUUACAUGGAAGCAUCACCAAGAUGGUCUGUCAGAAGUGCCGCUAUCUUAGCGACUUUGUACCCAGCAGGUUCUGCGAGGCCGAUCCCCCGGAAUGCGACGAGUGCUCGAUCAAGAAUGAAGUCCGCACGACGACUGGCCAACGGAGCCACGGAAUCGGUCGCAUGCGCCCGCGCAUUGUCCUCUACAACGAACACAACCCCGAUGAAGAGGCAAUUACUUCGGUUAUGAACGCCGAUAUCAAAUCUCGGCCCCGCGUUCUCGUCGUCGCCGGCACCAGCCUGAAGAUCCCGGGAGUCCGUCGUCUUGUGAAGAGUCUCUGUCCAAUUAUCCGCGGCCGCAAAGACGGAGUCACCAUGUUCAUUAACAACGAGCCGCCUGUAGGCAAAGAAUUUGAGAACUGUUUCGAUCUCAUCGUGCAAGGAUCCACAGACGACGUGGCCGAUCUGGUGAAGCUCAAGCACUGGGAGGAUUGCACACCCUACGAGAUGCUGCCCGAGCCCGUCUUCGGAACGAGGCACAGCUCGGACGAGGAGUCCGAGACCGAGCGCGAGAAGAACACCGUCUCCGUGGUUAUCAAUUCGACACCGAAGAAGCGUCCUCACAGCGAAACUGGACUGUUUACACCUUCUUCCAGCCACGACGAGAAGCCACCAGCCAAGAAGCUGGCCAACCCCGCCAGUCGCGGUCGCAACCUCAACGACGUGCUCAAGGGCAGCAAAACGACAGCGCCAGCCAAGCCCGUUCGCAAGAAGGCCACCGCUACGGGUACCAAGAAGGCCAAGGCCGAGCCGGCCAAGACUGCGAAGAUCACCACAUUCAGCCGUGUCACCAAGGCAUCCAAGCCCCCUGCUACGACAGAAAAGAAGAUCGUCAACGGCAAGCCCAUGCGUCCUCUUCCAGCUGGUGCUGCCCGCAACAACGGGCUCCUCUUCCCAAAUCUUGUCAAGAAGACAGGCGUCGACGCACCCGAGAAAAUCGAGCAAGCCUUGCCCGAAAUCAUCACCCCUUCUUCCUAG